UGUAUUUACACUUUGUGAAAAUGUGUAAAGGAAUUUUGUUUAUUUUUACAAAAAGAAAAAGGCAAUUGCGGGUAAAUUUGAUAAACCUCACGCUUGACUGCACACAAUUAAUACUACACCUACCGAAGAUGUGGGUUUUCAUAUUUAUAUGCAGCGCAAAAAUGUUAAGUGAUGGAGAAAAAUAGCUCAGAGUCACUUCAUUAAAUUAAAUUGUAUAGUUUUUGAUUCCACAAAUUAACAGAAAAAGUGAAUACCUUAAUAGGAAUGACAUUAAAUGCCAAUAAUCCUUUAGACAUACUGUUUUGAUGGUAUAUAUACUUUAAAAAAGUAUAUCUUUUUUCCUGUUUAAAAUUUAGCAGUUAGUAGAGUUUAGUAAAGUAACUUAUAAUUAUCAUGAACCAAUUUUGAUUUUCAGUUUUAAACUCUACAACCAAGCUAUAGCUUGAUCAAUGAAAAAAUAUGUUUAUUUUGGUGGAAAUGAAAGACACUGUUAAAGUGGAACCAUGGCUAUUUAAUGUCAACCUAAAUGAUGCAGUGAAGGUGGAAUUGAACCGUCGUUUGGCAAACAAAGUGGUUUAUAACAUUGGUGUUUGUAUCUGUCUGUUUGAUAUACUCAAAUACGAAGACUCAUACAUAUUCCCUGGCGAUGGCGCCUCUCACACAAAAGUACAUUUUCGGUGUGUUGUGUUUAGGCCGUUUGUGGAUGAGGUUUUGAUUGGAAAAAUUAAGGGAUGUAGCCAGGAGGGUGUUACUGUGAGUCUAGGUUUUUUUGAUGAUAUAUUGAUACCACCAGAAUCACUUCAACAACCUUCAAAGUUUGAUGAAUCAGAGCAGGUGUGGGUUUGGGAGUAUGAAACUGAUGAGGGCACCCAUGACCUAUUCAUGGAUGUGAACGAACCAAUAAGGUUAAGAGUAGUUGAUGAAACAUUUACAGACACCACACCAAUGUCUGCACCUCCCACUACUGCCACAACCAGCACAGAAGUAGCAUCAAAAAAGCCAACAAUUCCUUAUCUUAUAAAGGCUGUGAUUUCAGAACCAGGUUUAGGUUUAUUGUGUUGGUGGACUAAUGGAUAAAUAAAAAUUCAAAGCAUUCCGUUAAUGUUUUAGUCAUUUGACGAUGUCAAUAUUUAUACAAUACAAUGUAUUUAAGAUUCAUGACAGUAGUGUAAAAUGUGAUCUUUACCUACAACAAAGAUGGUCUAUAUGUGCUGUAUGUAACUAGAAUUUUCGAACUGAUAAAGAUCAUUAUAAUGAUUGUGAUAGUUAGAAAGGGAAUAAAAAAAUAAUGAAUGAU